ACAUGUGACACAAGUUGUGCCUCAUUGCAAAUGGCUAACAGUGCAGCUUAGGUGUGACAGCAAGAAGGGAGAACAUGGGAAUAAGUGCAGGAGGGGGAAUUAUUUCAUUUUUCUUUUUGGCCUGUUUUAAUUUCACACUGGACUGUGAGUGGGGAUGAUGCUGGUGCUGCUCUUGCCCCAGCUGCCUGAAGACAUCCUCCUGCUCCUCUUCUCUUACUCUGACACCCAGGCCCUGGGCAGGUUGUCCCAGGUCUGCAGGAAAUUUCACUCCCUCAUCAGCAGGGACACCCUCUGGAGGAGGAUAGCCAAAGUCUCCCUCAACACCGGCAUCACCAGGCUCGGCAGAGACACGUUUCCCCAAAUCGCUCUGAAAGAGCGGGUAAAGUUCUCUCAGAACUGGAAGCGUGGGAGGUGUCACCAAGAGAUUUUGCUGAGGUGGAAGUACAGUUUAUUGCCGUGGUUACAACUGGAUGAUCAGUGGCUCUACCUAUCCCAAGCAGCUGACAUCCGAGCAUAUCCACUGAGGCAGAACGGUGUCAGUUUUCAGCGACGGCCCAUCUCGGUGUACACUGGCCAUCGGGACGAUGUCUGCCGAUUUGUUGUCAGUGAAUCGCACAUCAUCAGUGGUGGUGGGGACGGGAAGAUCAUUGUCUGCAACACUUGCAAUUCAUUUUAUGCAGCCUACUCAGCACAUGAUCAAGAGGUCAACUGCAUUGACAGCCGAGGACAUGUCAUCGUUAGCGGCUCGAGAGACAAGACAGCACGGAUUUGGUCGCUGUGUUCACAUCAACUGGGAGAAUGUUUACACACAAUAAGGACAGAUGAUCGAGUUUGGUCGGUCGCCAUUAACCCUACGCUGAGUUCUGUCAUGACAGGGACUGCUUGCUGUGGGCAUGCCUCGCCCUUACGGAUUUGGGAUCUUCAGAGUGGUCAGCUGGAGAGCUGCCUGGGGUCAGACUUUCGUCGGGGAGCUGGGGUUCUCGAUAUCCUGUAUGAGACUCCCUCAGUCGUGUUGACCUGCGGAUAUGAUACCUACAUCAGACAGUGGGAUAUGCGAGCCAGCACCAGGCGCAGUGUGAUGGAGUGGGAAGAACCUCAUGAUUGUGCACUCUACUGCUUGCAGAGUGACGGAAACUUCAUGAUCGCCAGUGGCUCCUCUCGCUAUGGUGUUGUGCGUCUCUGGGACAAGAGGCAAACAAAGAGUCUGCAGGUUUUCUUUCUCUCCUCUCCUAGCAGUAGCCCGGUGUACUGCCUCCGAUUCACUACCUCACACCUGUACACCGCCUUAGCCCAUGCACUUUACAUGUUGGAUUUUACAAUCUCUCAACCACAGUACGGGAAAUAAACGGGUGAGCACCAUUGUAAAGUGGGGAUCCCAAUACUGCACAUCAGAAGCCAACACAUUGUCCAUCAAUACUUCAAGACAGGAACUGCCCAUUCACACUUUCAAUGCUGGAAUCCCUUUAAGAAUCAAUUUUUGUUUUUUUUAAAUACAGGACAAAUCCUUUGUUUGCAUUAAAUUUUAUACAACUUG